AUGAGCAGCUCAUUCAAAUGCAACCUUCUUCUACUGCACAUUGCAUGGUUCGCCAACGUGGCAAAUUCUCUGGACCUUAGCGAUAAAGUGAUUGCCGCUGUCAACUGUGGAGGACAAGAAGCUAUUGGCGCUCAUGGAAUUCAGUAUUCGGCGGACACGUCCACAGAUGGCGUCGCUUCGGACCACGGAAUGCAGUUCUCAUUCAGCAACGCGGAUCCAGAUGACUUGGAAAUUUAUACGGUAAAUCUUUCAUGAUAAAUCCCGAAACUUGUUUUUUUUUCGUAGACAGAGCGCUGGAGCAAAGAAUCAUUUGAGUAUUCAGUUCCUGCUGGGGACGGCGAAUAUGUCAUCAUUCUGAAGUUUUCUGAAGUCUACUUCCAAAGGUCCGGUCAGAAGAUCUUCCACGUCAGAAUCAAUUAUCAUCUGGCCAUAAAUGAUCUGGAUAUCUUUGAAGCUUCUGGUGGACGUGGAUUCGCAUAUGACGCGUAAGAAUCGAAUUGUUCUAACUUCGUUCGACUUUUUUUUUCUAUUUCAGUUAUAUCCCAGUGGUAGUUAAAGGAAACACAAUUUAUGUGCAAGGGCGUCCGAGGGACUAUGACGGGAAUAUUUUGAUCGAGUUCUCCAAAGGAUCAAGCGACAAUCCGAAGGUCAAUGGAUUUGCGGUUGUCCGCGGGAAGAUUGAGGACAUGCCAGAGCCACCGAAGAAAUUCAUUCAAGUAGAGACUACACACGAGGACUUUGACAUUGUCAGUGAUUUCGUUCUUCUGAUGCCAACAAAUGUCAUUUUCAGUACGAUAUGACCACUAAGGAAGAUUCCUCCCAACAAGAAGUUGUUCGAGUCGACGAAAUCGAAGAAGACUCGGAAAUGUUCAGUGCCUCAAACCCAUCAAACUCCCAAAAUCCGUUUGAAAAUGUAAUUGCCUUCGAACAGCGUUUUCUAAUCUCUUCAAGUUCAAAAAGCAGGAAACCGUCGAGUGGUGGCACUGGAUACUCAUAGUAGCCAUCAUCGCGAUCCCCACCGCCUUCUUCCUUCAACAGUACUUGCAGCAACCAGAAUGA